AUGUUGCCCGCUCGAUGCAGCUGCGGGCUCAGUGCAGUCAUGAGGCUUCCCGCACAUCGGAAGGCGUGGAGGACUUUGGCAUGCGCCUAUCCGAGAUGCCUUUCCUCCUUAUCCGGGUGCCCCUCCACGGUGCAGAGUCCUCCGAGCUGGUGGCAGGCCGGACGUGCGAGGAAACGGCCGGGAAGCCUUGCAGAGGCCGAGCUCCUCUCACACCUGGCGGUUCUUCUGCAGCCGGAGGAGCCGAUCGAAGAGCUCUUCCGGGAUUUCCCUGUAGUACGAAGCGAUGGCUGGGGCCGGAGUGCUUUGAGCCCGGAUCUGUCGGUGUAUGGUGUUUUGCAGGCCCAAGAAGCGGCGUUGUUCUUGGAGUACGACGGCCAUUAUCGGCACCUGAUGCCUCCUGGCAUGGUUGCCGAUGCUCGCAAGAGUAAAGCACUCUUGGAUUUUGCACCUGCCGGAUCGUACGUUUUGCGCAUAGCCCACGGCCAUCGGGAAUGGGAGCCUUCAUGCGAGAUGGGAGAAGUUGUGGUAGACACGUGGCAGCCGAGCCGUGAAGCAUCCUUGGUGAAGCCACUUUGUCAAGUCGUUUUGUUCUUAUUGAGACAACGGGGAAUUGCAAAGCAGCCUCGUCUAGAAGCCAGGUUGCAGACCUUUGUGGAGAAUCCUGGUAGGAUCUCGCGACAAGCAGCAGUUGAGUUCACGGAGAAAGUCGUACUGGAGCGUGAAUGCGAGUUCGACCCAGCACCUCUGCAUGAAUUUCUGCAGGCACAACUGAGUCUGUCGCAUUCGGAAGGGGAGGAACUCAUCAGAAAAUGCCCUGCUCUAGCUCGCUACAGCAUUGAACAUCGGCUCCUGCCCAGGAUGCAAUUUCUGGAAUCUUGCGGCCUGACGAAAGCUGAGGUCGCCAAAGCGAUUGCUCGAUAUCCCCCCUUAUUGGGAAUGAGCAUCGAAGACAACUUGAAGCCCACGGUACAGUGGCUGCGAGAUUUAGGAUUAACAAAUGCUGAGGUUUCCAGAGUGAUUGCUCUGUCUCCCUCACGGUUGGGAUGCAGCAUCGAAGAGAACUUGAAGCCCACUGUCGAAUGGCUGCGAGAUUUAGGCCUGACGAAAGCCGAGGUUGCCAAAGUGAUUGCACGCGCUCCGUCAGUUUUGAGAUACAGCAUCGAAGGGAACUUGAAGCCCACGGUACAGUGGCUGCGAGAUUUAGGAUUGACAAAUGCUGAGGUUUCCAGAGUGAUUGUCCUGUCUCCCUCACGGUUGGGAUGCAGCAUCGAAGAGAACUUGAAGCCCACUGUCGAAUGGCUGCGAGAUUUAGGCCUGACGAAAGCCGAGGUUGCCAAAGUGAUUGCACGCGCUCCGUCAGUUUUGGGAUACAGCAUCGAAGAGAACUUGAAGCCCACGGUCCAGUGGUUGCGAGAUUUAGGAUUGACAAAUGCUGAGGUUUCCAGAGUGAUUGUCCUGUCUCCCUCACUGUUGGGAUGCAGCAUCGAAGAGAACUUGAAGCCCACUGUCGAAUGGCUGCGAGAUGUGCGUUUGACGAAAGCCGAGGUUGCCAAAGUGAUUGCACGCUAUCCGUCAAUGUUGGGAUUCAGCAUCGAGAAGAACUUGAAGCCCACGGUCCAAUGGCUGCGAGAUGUGGGACUGACGAAAGCCGAGGUUGCCGAAGUGAUUGCACGCGAUCCCGCAAUUUUGGGAUACAGCAUCGAGACCUUGAAGAUGAAGGUAAGCUGGCUCUUGGAGCAGUUCUCCGCUGAAUGGGUUCGCCGCCUUCUCGUUCGCAAUCCGUACGUGCUGAACCGAGGGCACCAGCUCUGGAUUCAGCGUUCCCAGGUUCUCCGGGAAUGCGGCAAGCUGUCUGUGUUUGGUUCUGCGAUGAUGCUGACGGAUGCCAAGUUUGCUCAGAGGUAUGAGGGAAAAGUCAGAUGUCCCGUAGCAGACGCCCCUUCCAACGACUUUCAAGGCUCGAAAGCGCUUUCUGGAAGUGCAGCACAAGGUCAUGGUCUUGCAGGAAUGAGGCCGCCAAGCAACCAGAAGCUGCGGAGAGGUCUUCUUUCGGGCUUCCCGGCCCUGUUCUCUCGGUGUUCAUGUCGUGUGGUGCCGAGUCCUCCGAGCUGGUGGAAAGCCGGGCAUCCGCGGCGGAAGCCGGGAAGCAUUGCAGAGGCCGAGCUCUUGUCGCACCUGGCGGUGCUUUUGCGGCCGGAUGAGCGGAUCGAAGAGCUCUUCCGAGAUUUUCCUGCCAAACAGAGCGAGAAGUGGGGUCGGAACACCUUGAGCCCAGAUCUGGCGGUGUAUGGCGCAUUGCAGGCGAAGGAAGCGGCUUUAUUCGUAGAGUACGACGGCCAUUAUCGGCACCUGAUGCCGCCCGGCAUGGCUGCCGAUGUUCGCAAGAGUAAGGCACUCUUGGACUUUGCACCUGCCGGAUCGUACGUUUUGCGCGUAGCCCACGGCCAUCGGGAAUGGGCGCCUUCAUGCGAGAUCGGGGAAGUUGUGAUCGAGUCGUGGGAGACCGGUAGAGAGGCAUCGUUGGUGAAAGCUCUUCGUCAAAUCGUUGAGUUCUUGUUGAUGCGGCGAGGGGGCGAGUUGCAGCCUGGUCUGAGAACCAAGUUGCAAGACUUCAUGGAUAAUCCAGCCGGCACCUCCCCGAUGGCAGCAGAUGAGUUUAUGGCGCAGGCAGCCGCAAAGCGCGAGCGUGACGUCGACCCGGCGCGUCUGCAGGAGUUUUUGCAGCUUCAGCUACACAUGUCAAGUCCCCAAGCAGAAGAGCUCGUGGUCAAAUGCCCUGCUCUAGCACGCUGCAACAUCGACGACAAACUCAAGCCCAUGAUGCAACAGCUGGAAAAGUGGGGCCUGAAGAAGUCUGAAGUUGCGAAAGUGCUUGUUCGAUUUCCGCAGAUUGUGAGAUGCAGCGUCGAGAAGAACUUGAAGCCGGCGGUCCAGUGGCUGCAAGGUCUGGGCAUGACGAAAGCCGAUGUUUCCAAAGUGAUUGCGCGAUAUCCGAAUGCUUUGGGACUCAGCAUCGAAAAAAACUUGAAACCCACAGUGCAGUGGCUUCGAGGUUUGGGGCUGUCGAAGGUUGAGGUUGUCAAAGUGUGUGCUCGCGCUCCGGCGCUCCUGGGAUACAGCAUCGAUGAGAACUUGAAGCCCACUGUCCAUUGGUUUCGAGAGUUGGGAUUGACGGAAACCGAGGUAUCCAAAGUUAUUGCUCGUUGUCCACAAGUUAUGGGAUGCAGCAUCGAAGAGAACUUAAAGCGCAAGGUCCAGUGGUUUCGAGAUGUGGGACUGGCAAGAGAACAUGUUGCCACAUUGAUUGUACGGUGUCCGUCCGUGCUAGGCUUCAGCAUCGAAAAUCGUUUGCAACCCACGAGACAAUGGCUUCAAGAUUUGGGACUUUCGAACGCUGAGGUUGCCAAGGUGGUUUCACGUCUUCCGGCAGUGCUCGGAUUGAACAUCGAGAAGAACUUGAAGCCGAAGGUCCAGUGGCUACGACACCUGGGACUGGUGGAAGCUGAGGUUGCCAAUGUUAUGCUUGUAUCUCCACAGCUUUUCGCAUUGAGCCUGCAGCGGAACUUGAAACCGAAACUGCGUUGGUUGUCGGAGCUUUUCUCAGCGGAAAGAGUUCGCUUUCUGCUUGUUCGGUAUCCGUACAUAUUCGGCCGAAGUCACGAGCGCUGGGCUCGCCGGAUCCAAGUUCUCCAGCGACGCCGAGAGCUCUCCUCGCUUGGGCCCGCGAUGAUGUUGACGGAUGCCAAGUUCGCCAUGAGAUUCGGAAAUCCGCGGGACACUGAGGGUUCCUUUCCGGUUGUCUCAGCCUCGGUAACCAGCCGGAUCACAUGUGGCCUUGAGACGUUUGAAGAUACCAUAGAGUCUGAUCUGGACAUGCUUUACAAUAGGAGAGCCUUCGCGUGUUCUUUAUGGGGUUCCCUUGCCUUGGUCUCUUGCCGUGCAUGUGUGGUGCGGAGUCCUCCGAGCUGGUGGAAGGCCGGGCGUCCGCGGCGGAGGCCGGGAAGCCUUGCAGAGGCCGAGUUGCUGUCGCACCUUGCGGUGCUUUUGCUGCCGGAGGAGCCCAUCGCAGAGCUCUUCCGGGAUUUUCCUGCAGAGAAAGGUGAAGGAUGGGGCAGCAACACUUUGAGUCCAGACCUGGUGCUAUAUGGUGCUUUGGAAACAGAGGAGGCGGCUCUGUUUUUGGAGUACGACGGCUAUUACCGACACUUGACGCCUGCUGGUAAGACUGCAGACUCUCGCAAGACUGCAGUGCUUCUCGAUUCUUCGCCUGCCGGAUCCUACGUGUUGCGUAUAGUCCAUGCCCAUCGUGGAUUGGAGCUUUCCCGCGGGAUGGGGGAAGUUGUGGUAGAUUCGUGGAAACCUGGCCAUGACCCAUCGUUGGUGAAGGCACUUCUUCAAGUCGCUGAGUUCUUGUUGACGCAACGGGAAAUAACAAUGUAUCCUGAUCGAAGGGCAAAGUUGCAGAGCUUCGUUGAGGAUCCUGCUGGGAGCUCCCGGCAAGCAGCAGUUGAGUUCACAGAGCAAGUAGCUGGGGAGCGUGAGCGUGACUUCGACCCAGCACGCCUGCAUGAAUUUCUGAAAAUGCAGCUGGGUGUGUCCAUUUCCGAAGCGGAGGCGCUUGUUGAAAGAUGCCCUGUUCUAGCACGAUACGACAUCGACGACAAACUCAAGCCCAUGAUGCAACAGCUGGAAGUGUGGGGCCUUAAGACAUCUCAAGUUGCGAAAGUGCUUGUUCAAUUUCCAACAGUUUUGGGAUGCAGCAUUGAUCAGAACUUGAAGCCGACAGUCCAGUGGCUGCGAGACUUAGGCCUGACGAAAACCGAGGUUGCUAAGGUGAUUGCUCGAUUUCCUCCAGUUUUAGGAUACAGCAUCGAAGAGAACUUGAAGCCCACGGUCCAGUGGUUGCGAGAUGUGGGGCUGAAGAAAGUCGAGGUUGCCAAAGUGAGUGCUCGACUUCCGCAAGUUUUGGGACUCAGCAUCGAAGAGAACUUGAAGCCCACGGUGCAGUGGCUGCGAGAUUUAGGCCUGACGAAAGCCGAGGUUGCCAAAGUGAUUGCACGUUUUCCGCAAGUGCUGGGAUACAGCAUCGAAGAGAACUUGAAGCCCACUGUCCAGUGGCUGCGAGAUUUAGGCCUGACGAAAGCCGAGGUUGCCAAAGUGAUUGCACGACAACCGAGCAUUUUGGGACUCAGCAUCGAAGACAACUUGAAGCCCACGGUGCAGUGGCUGCGCGAUGUGGGUUUGACGAAAGUCGAGGUUGCCAAAGUGAUUGCACGACAACCGAGCAUUUUGGGACUCAGCAUCGAGGAGAACUUGAAGCCCACGGUGCAGUGGCUGCGCGAUGUGGGCCUGACGCAAGCCGAGGUUGCCAAAGUGAUUGCACGCUUUCCCGCAGUUUUGGGAUACAGCAUCGAAGAGAACUUGAAGCCCACGGUCCAGUGGCUCCGAGACUUGGGUUUGACGAAAGCCGAGGUUGCCAAAGUGAUCUCGAGCUUGCCCCAGAUUUUUUCCCGCAGCCUCGAAAGAAACUUGAAGCCGAAGGUGUGCUUGCUCUUUGAGUGGUUCUCGUCUGAGAAGGUUCGGCAUUUGCUGGUCCACAAUCCGUACAUACUGAACCGAAGUCGCGAGCGCUGGGUGCACCGGUCCGAGGUUCUCCAGGCAUGCGGCAAGCUUUCUGUGUUUGGUUCUGCCAUGAAGUUGACAGAAGCCGAAUUUGCCAAGAGAUACGAAGAUAGGAAGUUCAGAUUUCGGCUCCAGUAUGAGGGACACCGAGAGGAAGCCACGGAGAGCCUUCGCAUGUCUUUUCUCCGGCUUCCUGGCAUUGGUCCUGUUUUCCUGCAGUUUGUGCGCAGUCCGCAGUCCUCCGAGCUGGUGGAAGGCCGGGCGUCCGCGGCGGAGGAGCCGAUCGCAGAGCUCUUCCGGGAUUUUCCUGCAGAGAAAGGUGAAGGAUGGGGCAGCAACACUUUGAGCCCAGACCUGGCGCUGUAUGGCGCUUUGGAAUCCGACGAAUCGGCUCUGUUUGUAGAGUAUGACGGCUACUACCGCCACCAGCAGCCUGUGGGCAUUGCAGCUGAUAGUCGCAAGAACACAGCCCUUCUGGAUUUGGCACCUGCUGGGUCCUACGUGCUGCGCAUAGCCCAUGCCCAUCGUGGAUUGGAGGUUUCGUGCCAGAUGGGUGAAGUUGUUGUGGACUCGUGGCAGCCUGGCCAUGACGCAUCGUUGGUGAAGGCAUUGCUUCAAGUCGCUGAGUUCUUGCUGACGCAACGGGAAAUAACAAUGCAUCCAGAUCGAAGGGCAAAGUUGCAGAACUUCGUUGAGGAUCCUGCUGGGAGCUCCGGGCAAGCAGCAUUUGAGUUCACGGAGCAAGUAGCUGCGGAGCGUAAGCGUGACUUCGACCCAGCACGCCUGCAUGGAUUUCUGCAAAUGCAGCUUGGUGUGUCCAUUUCCGAAGCAGAGGUGCUUCUAGCAAAAUGCCCUGCUCUAGCACGAUACGACAUCGACGACAAACUCAAGCCCAUGAUGCAACAGCUGGAAAAGUGGGGCCUUAAGACAUCUCAAGUUGCGAAGGUGUUUGUUCGAUUUCCACAACUGUUGCAACUCAGCAUCGAAGAGAACUUGAAGCCCACGGUGCAGUGGCUGCCAGAUGUGGGCCUGACGCAAGCCGAGGUUGCCAAAGUGAUUGCACGCUCUCCGCGAGUUUUGUCACUCAGCAUCGAGGAGAACUUGAAGCCCACGGUCCAAUGGCUGGGAGAUGUGGGUUUGACGAAAGCCGAGGCUGCCAAAGUGAUUGCACGCUCUCCGCAAGUUUUGGCACUCAGCAUCGAGGAGAACUUGAAGCCCACGGUCCAAUGGCUGCGAGAUGUGGGUCUGACGAAAGCCGAGGUUACCAAAGUGAUUGCACGACAGCCGAGCAUUUUGGGGUACAGCAUCGAGGAGAACUUGAAGCCCACGGUCCAGUGGCUGCGAGACCCGGGUUUGACCAAAGCCGAGGUUGCCAAGGUGGUUGCACGCUCUCCGCAAGUUUUGUCACUCAGCAUCGAGGAGAACUUGAAGCCCACGGUCAGAUGGCUGCGAAACCUGGGUUUGACGAAGGCUGAGGUUGCCAGAGUGAUAUCUCUGUUUGCACAGACUUUGUUGCUCAGCAUUGAAGAGAACUUGAAGCCAACGGUGCAGUGGCUGCAAGAUCUAGGGCUGACGAACGCUGAGAUUGCCAAAGUGAUCUCGAGAUGGCCCAACAUUUUCGGCUACAGCCUCGAGAGUAACUUGAAGCCGAAGGUGUGCUUGCUCUUGGAGUGGUUCUCGUCUGAGAAGGUUCUCCAGGCAUGCGGCAAGCUUUCUGUGUUUGGGUCUGCGAUGCUCUUGACAGACGCCAAAUUUGCCAAGAGAUACGAGGCCCAAGGUCGUGCAAGCAGGCCUCCAACGAACCAGAUGUUGCGGCGAUGUCUCUUCUCCCGCUUCCCGGCCCUGUUCCACCGCGGUUGCUGUGCGGAGCCCAGUCCUCCGAGCUGGUGGAAGGCCGGGCGUCCGCGGCGGAGGCCGGGAAGCCUUGCGGAGGCCGAGCUCCUUUCGCACCUGGCGGUGCUUCUGCUGCCGGAGGAGCCGAUAGCAGAGCUCUUCCGGGACUUUCCUGCAGAAAGAGGUGAAGGAUGGCGCAGGAAUACUCUGAGUCCAGACCUGGCGGUGUAUGGUGCUUUGGAAUCCGAGGAAGCGGCUCUGUUCGUGGAGUAUGACGGCUACUACCGCCACCUAGAGCCCACGGGCAUUGCAGCUGACAGUCGCAAGAACACAGCCCUGCUGGAUGUGGCACCUGCCGGGUCCUACGUGUUGCGCAUAGCCCAUGCCCAUCGUGGAUUGGAGCUUUCGUGCCACAUGGGUGAAGUUGUUGUGGACUCGUGGCGGCCUGGCCAUGACCCAUCAUUGGUGAAGGCAUUGCUUCAAGUCACUGAGUUCUUGUUGAAUCAACGGGGAACUGCAAUGCAUCCUGAUCGAAGGGCAAAGCUGCGAAACUUCGUCGAGGAUCCUGUUGGCAGCUCCCGGCAAGCAGCGGUUGAGUUCACAGAAGAAGUAGCUGCGGAGCGUGAGCGUGCCUUCGACCCAGCGCCAUUGCAUGAUAUUCUGCAGAUGCAGCUGGGUGCGUCCACUUCCGAAGCGAAGGAACUUGUAGCAAAAUGCCCUGCUCUGGCACGCUGCGACAUUGACGACAAGCUCAAGCCCAUGAUGCAAGAGCUGGAAGCGUGGGGCCUUCAGAAGUCUGAAGUUGCCAAAGUCAUUGCUCGAUUUCCGCAAGUAUUGGGAUACAGCAUCGAUGAUAAUUUGAAGCUCACGGUGCAGUGGCUGCGAGAUUUGGGCCUGACGAAAGCCGCACUUGCCAAAGUGAUUGCACGACAUCCGCAGUUAUUGGGACUCAGCAUCGAAGGUAACUUGAAGCCCACGGUCGAAUGGCUGCGAGAUUUAGUCCUGACGAAAGCCGAGGUUGCCAAAGUGAUUGCACGCUCUCCGCCAGUUUUGGGAUACAGCAUCGAAGAGAACUUGAAGCCCACGGUCCAGUGGUUGCGAGAUUUAGGCCUGAAGGAAGUGGAGGUUUCCAAAGUGAUUGCACGAUAUCCGUCCGUGUUGGGAUACAGCAUCGAAGGGAAUUUGAAGCCCACGGUCGAGUGGUUUGGCGAAGUUGGAUUGGCGAGGGCGCAAAUUGUCAGAAUGAUAGUUCGGUAUGCGCAAGUCUUGGGACUCAGCAUCGAAAAGAACUUGAAGCCCACGGUCAGAUGGCUGCUAAACCUGGGUUUGACGAAGGCUGAGGUUGUCAGAGGGAUAUCUCUGUUUGCACCGAUUUUGUGGCUCAGCAUUGAAGAGAACUUGAAGCCAACGGUGCAGUGGCUGCAAGAUCUGGGACUGACGAAGGCUGAGAUUGCCAAAGUGACCUCGAGCUGCCCCAACAUUUUCGGCUACAGCCUCGAGAGAAAUUUAAAGCCGAAGGUGUGCUUGCUCUUGGAGUGGUUCUCGUCUGAGAAGGUGCGGCAUUUGCUCGUCCACUGUCCGUACAUACUGAGCCGAAGGCGCGGGUGCUGGGAUCGCCGGGCCCGGGUUCUCAAGGCAUGCGACAAGCUUUCUGUGUUUGGGUCUGCGAUGAUGUUGACAGAAGCCAAGUUUGCCAAGAGAUACGGCGACAGACUGCAAGAUCAUGUCAGAUCCGCUGGCGCAAAAGUGGCGAGCUGA